CUUUCUCCGAACAUUUCCUCUUCCUCGUGAGCGGAAGGUUCCCCAGAGACGAGAAGCGUCGUCGUCGCGAGGAAGAUAAAGCACCCGACUCACCUAUCGACGUUCACCACCGCAUAACAGGCAACAACGGCUGAAGGACGAUUCUCUGUGCGAAAACGCGGUGCUGAGUCAGCUCCGUCCUGCGAAUCGCGGAUGGCUGCGACGACGGCGCGCCGUACCUCUUCCUCGGAGCGAGAGAACUCCGCCACCAGGUACCUUUCGCUCGCUUACCUCCGCGUCCCUCGUGCGAGACGACAAGCACAGCGAAAUCGCGCGAGCAACCGAAACUAUCUAUGUACUCGAGUAUACCUAUUCCGCGCAUCCGCCAACUUCGUUCCUCUGACAGGUUAGGUCGCAGCGUCGCCAACUUCUGUACGGAAACUGGCCCCGCGGCGCCACUUUUCGCGCUAAAGCCCACGUGGUCCGGAAGUCACUAGAAAUCGCGACGCGCAUGCGCGGCGUCUUUCUAGUGUCCUUGAGCACGCAGGCUGAUUCCAAUCGAUGUGUUCGAAUUGAAGAUGGAGACUGAAGAUUAAUAUUGGACCUGUUGGACCAAUCAGAAGUGCUACAUAUGGGUUUCACGUGCUUUUUAUCUUUUGUGUUUUUAUUAUGUCGUUUAUCAUAUUUUAGUAUCUAUUUUAUCAGUAAAAUACUGUGAAAAUAAAAAUGAGUUACGAAGAGUGCCUUGCAUAAUAUUACACCGAGUUUUCUGUUGCUUUAAAUUAAAAUAUCUUUCUUUUACAAGCGUGAAAUUUAUCUUCUAGUUUUGUUUUUUUAAUAUUUAUACUGUGCAAAAAGCUAACACAAAUAAUUGCAAAUAUAUAAUUGAAUAUAAAGAUUAUAAAACAAAUUAAUAAUCAUGAGCGAACAAUUGGAAGCUAUAAAUAAAUAUUACAAUAAUCUAGAAUAUGAUGAUGAAAAUAGGAAAAAAGAAGCACUAGUAAAAAUAUCCAACUUGUCUAAAACAAUAACGCUUAAAGAUCAUAUCUCAGAUAGAUUCCUAGAAGCAGCAUCUGUAAUAGAAAAGAAUCUAUCUCUUUUUCAAUUUGCAUGCGAACAUGUGGAUGUAGUUACUACUAUUAUUGAAUAUUUAACUACUUUUGGUGCAAAAAUGUUGUUUGACAAUGAAUUUGAUGAAAUGUAUUUAAUGGAUGAUGUAAUGCUUACUCUUUUGAAUGUAUGUGAAGAAUCUAGUAUACAAUUAUUUUUGGAGGAAACUAUCAUGAAAAAUUUUAUAUUGAAUGGAACAAUUCCAUAUGAGCAAUUAGAACCUACGUAUAUAAAAGAUCAGUCCCAUCAAAUGAUACUUCUAGAAGAUUCAGAUUUAUAUGCAGUUAUUAAUUAUUUGAAAGCUAAAGAAUCUUUUUCCUCCUGUUCAUAUGAAAUUUGGGUCCAAGGGUCUAUAAAAGAGAAGUUUUUAUGGCUUGUAAAAAAAUAUUUAAAGAAUUUAACUUUUGCCAUUCAUGGAUUUAAUUCAAGAAAAAGCUUACUUUUAUCCUGUUCACAUAAUAAAAUGAAGAUAGUAUCCAUAUGGACAGAAGAUAUUAUAGCUGCUAAGAAUUUAGCCACAUCUAUAAAGAAAGAAGUUCUAUUCAUAAAUUCACAUAUGGAUCUUGGUGGCAAUGUACUUUUACCUUAUGGAAAAAUAUUUGACAAAACAUUGAACACAAUGUAUGAAUGGAAGGAUUUUAAUGAUGAGUCUUAUGAAAUCAAGGAUAUAGAAUUAAAGUCCAAAAAGUUAAUCUAUAAUCUUUUUUAUGAUGGUAAAUGGCAACAACCUGUGAAAAAUACAUAUUGGAUAUAUAAUGAAACUCUGUGGGCACACGCAACAAAUUAUGAUAUUAAAAGAUGCAUUGAUUCAGCUGAAAAAGGAUUUAAAAUUUGGAGUAUCAAAUCUAUUGUCUCUAGAAAGCAAAUAUUAUCAAAAUUUGCAUUUGAGUUACAAUCCAAUGGUAACUUUCUAUUGGCGGAGAGAGUAUUAAAAUGGGUGGAAUUAUUUUCAUAUUUUGAUCAAACAUUAUCAGUUGGUUCUCAAUGCAAAAGAUUAGAAAUAAUGACAACCCAUCGUAAACCAAGAGGCGUUAUUAUCUUAAAGGAAAAAGAUGAAACUGCUUUAUUUGAUUUAUUGACACAAAUUUUAAUCACUGGUAAUUCUGUCAUCGUGAUAUGCGAUGGAAAAAACUCUUGUAGUAUAGAACAAUAUUGUUUGUUUUUUUCAUUGUGUGGCAUACCAUCAGGUGUUAUAAAUUUAUUGUCUAAUGACAAAAUGGAGACUUUAGAAGUUUCCUUAUGUACAAGUGCGUAUGACCUUUAUGCAGAACGAUUUUUUGUAAAACACAAUCCAAAAAAAACAUAUUUAAAUCUUACCAUACCCGAGCACGUUAUACUUCCUAUUAAUUAAUUUUAAUAAUAUAUGACAUAGAUAUCCCUAGGUAGAACUUAGGUUUGGGAUACAAACAUGGGUAUACAUACAAAAACAUAUAAACACAUUUAUAUACAUAUAUAUAUAUAUUUCCACAUUAUAAUUUUACAAUUUCUAUCACAUUUAUGGAUUAAUUCUUUGAAAUGGAAGUAAUAAUCCAUAUGACUUACUCGGGAUUAUUAAAAUAUUCAGAGAAUAUGUAUUGUAUCUUCAUUCCCACAAGCGUAUAAAUAGAUAAAAAAUUAACUGCAAUGUAUCUUUUUUAUCAUAA